GGAAGGAAGGAAGGAAGGAAGGAAGGAAGGAAGGAAGGAAGGAAGGAAGGAAGGAAGGAAGGAAGGAAGGAAGGAAGGAAGGAAAGACGGACAGACAGACAAUGAUCUUUUGUAUAGCGCCUCUCAUGAUAAAACUCAAGAGGUGCUUCACGAAAACAAAUUUUUUUUAAAUACAAACAAGAAUUUUUUUAAUGUGUUUAAAAUGACAAAAAAAUUAAAAGUUGUGAUUAAAAAAUCUAAAAAAAAAGGGGGGGGGGGGAAUCAUACUUUCUGUCAGAGUUCUGAAAUUUCUCCAUUUAAAAAUCCUGGUUUUAUUGAUUUCGUGAAAUUUUCAGAUUUUUCCAGUUCCCUCGGUAUUUAAGAUUCGUUGGACCUGAUAAACAUGAAAAAAAAUUAAAAAAUUAACCACUAUUGACACAUUUUCAAAAAUAAACAACUAAAGAUAAUCAGUUUAAAAGUUAUAAAUUAAAAUUAUGUCUCAAAAUAAUAAAACAGGUCUAUUAAAGAGAAUAAAAUAAGUCGAUGCCUACUGAAAAGUGGCCAAAUGUUGCAAGAAGCCUAUGUAGGGUCUCAGGAGGUUAAAGGUGAUGAUGAUGAUGCACUUCUUCAGAUGAAGGGUGGAGACUACAUAGAAGACAGCAGAGAAUUAUUUUAAUCCGUAUUGUUUAUUAUUUCUAAGAAACAUUUGAUGAAAUCCUCCUUUGAAUGGUACGUUUAGCAGCUCUGAUCAUUUGUUUUAUUGUUAAUACUUGAAAAUCGUUGUCGCCAAGCCCUUUAAAUGACGCCGUGCUGAACGCAUGAAAGACUUUCUUGUACAGAAGGCUCAAAUUUUGUAUGAGCUGCUCAACCAGGAAGGAAGGUUUUUUACUCACAAAUCAAAAAUAUUCAUUGUAAAAAAAGUUGUUAAAAUGCUUUACAUGUGACAAAUCAUCUGAUUUUACCACCGACAUAAAAACUGUUGUUUAGUCAUCGACAGAAUUGUUUGUUUACUUGUUUUUUAAUAUAUUUAAACACCGCAGAUAAAAAAAAUUUGAUGUUUAUCUUGAUAUGCACUGAAGAUGAUAAAUAAUUAUUUUUUCAUUGGACAGUUUAGCCUGGAGUCCUGGAAAUGUGAAAUUAAAAUGCAAAUUUCAUUUUAUUUCACUUUUUUUCAUUAAAGUCUGAACUUUAAGAAAAUCAACAAAAGUGAAAAGCCAAUAUCUGUACAAUUAUUAACGCGCUGUUUUUGUUUUAGCCUCAUGAAUAGAAGUAGAAGAGUUUUAUUUGCUUUAUGUGAUCAAAUAACAGUUUGUAUUGCUUGUGCAUUAAUUGUUGUUCAGUUUUUCUGAUAUUAUAGGUUUUAUUAUGUUUGAUUAAAAUUUCAGACUAAUUUCUAUGUUUUCUUGUUUUUAUGUAAAUUUUUCAUUUAAAUCAGAGUGUAUAAUUCUUUCUGAGCUCUUGUUUGGAGCAGCAAAGAUUUACCUCAUCCAACUCAAUCAGGUUCAUUUUGUCUCCCGUUAAAUGUUUUAAUUUGUUAUUUAAACUGAAGUAAAAUAAAUCUAAAUCCUGCCUUUGUGUUAAGAAACUCAGACGCUGAUCAGAUCGACUGGUUUUGUUUAAAUGUUAAAUAAAAGCUUGCUUAAUGCUUUUGUUGUUGCAUUUUAUACAUUUCCUGUUUUCUAAUGUUCAACAAGAACCGUGAAAAUCUGCUUUGUGGAGCCUUUUUGUCUAAAUUUAAAUGAACAAUUAAUUACUUAUUUCGAAGUGAUACAAAUCCACCGCUGUGGUCAGAAAUUAUGAGGCAUAAUUAUUGAAUCCUCUUUGCUGUUUAGUCUUUCAUCUGAAUCUUUUAUCUGUGAUCAUAUGAGGUUAGUACUUAACCACAUUUUAGACAGACAUAUUUUCAUAAAUAUGAAUCUGAUCAAAUGCACAUCUCAAAACUUUAAUUCCCCAAUAAAACAUUAAAUCCAGCUAAUUAAUGGCAUCUUUACUUUAGCCUGUGACCAAACUUCAGCUGUUUCUGCAAUCAUCAUGCCAGUUUAAUUGUGGUGCAGAGCCACAUUUUAUUUGUUAAUACCAUUGCCCCACCCCUUUUGGAACAUAGCCAUUUUUAAAUGUGUUUCUGUCUAAAAGGUAUGAUGUCAUGUGAAAUGACUGAUUAGCUAACUGCUAGUCUAAUACCAAGGACCAAAACAACAUGCAGAUAGUAAAUGUUCGGUGAAUUGUGCAAACGGUGUUUGAAAGAGAAUAUUACCUGUUCAUUUCACUUUACAUGGUCAUUUUGUCUGGACCAGACCUCCGCUACACUUAAUGUACUACACGUUUCUUCCACUGAUACUUGUGGUGGUAAGUAACCAUAUAAGUCAAUGUAAAUUACUGUAAAGCUAAAGAGUAGUCUAAAGGUGUAUAAAAUAGCAUUCUUGUGAACUUUAAAAGACUGAAGCUGCUUUUUAAGAUUGCAGCCAUACACUAUGGUUUUUAGCUACACUUUGACUAGCUGUUAGCUCAUCAGUCCUACAUGACAUGAUCAGAAUUCCUCCAAAAACGAUGUUCUAGCAGAAGCAUGCUUUAAAAUGGCUUUUCCUUUACGGGGGACACAAAUUGAGCAUGCAAACUGGAAACUGGGACAAAACAAAAAUAAACCCAGAGUUGAUGAUCAUCUAAAUACCAAGGAGUUAAAACAAAAGUAAAUUCCAGUAAUCCGAAACUAAAUAAAACAGCUUUGACUCCAUGUGGACUAUUGUCGCAAAUUAGCAUCAACCCUCAAAGCAUCCAGAUGGAUCAUCAGGAUUAGUACCUUCAUCAAUAAACUGUCAAAUCCUGUCCUAUGCAUAUCUACUGCCCACUUGUGGAGGAUCUAGAAGUUGUAAUUGCAUUGUUAUGUUCUGUAAUCACAUAAUAAAAUAAAACAGACUGUUAUAUAGUUGUUUUAUCAACACUGGCUAACAAUAAUAAGCUUAAAACACAUUUUAAACAUUUAUUAUCCGUAUUUCAGGUAUUAAGGGGUUAACAGAAAUUAAGGCAACAGUCAAUAAAAUAUAAAACAAAAAUAGCUUAUUUUUUUGUCUUGAAUUCAUGGUUUGCCUUCACAACUCGGUCAAAGCCCAGCAGUAAGAUGUUGCAGUAGAUUUCUCAUUUGUCUUGCUUGCAUCACCUGUUUACAGUUGAGUUGCAUCAGUGAGAAGAACAUUCAUCUGUGUUUCUGUAGAUAAAACACCCGAAGGAGCAGACCUGGUUUCAGCCUUCUUACAUCCUAACAUGAACCACAUGAAGAUCCCAGAUUAGAGGAAACAGACAAAUAAUAUCACUCUACAAUGGGGAGGACACAUAGUCCAAACAAGCAUGCAUGAAUUCAAUUUUAAUGAUACUUUACAUCCAUAAUUCAGUCAUAUCAUGAAUAUUCUUCUCAAACAUAUUGCUUCAUGAAAAAAAUCUUGACAGUAGGCGAGACAUAAACAUUAUUCAACUCUAGCCCUGAUGGCCCACUACUACAUAAACCCACCUUCUUCUAAACCUCCAUCUCAACCUAAACACGCCCAUUGUCCAACCAUCCAAUCACUGAGGAUGACCAAAAUGCUCAAGUUCACAUUAUUAGCCAAUUACAUCUCAAACAUGGUACAGCAUUAAGGGGAGAUAUUAAUUAACAAGAGAACUGGCGUAAUCCAAAAGUGCACAUUGGUUGUUGAGGUGUGACAUCAUCAGAUCCUCCAUCCAGCUGGUAGAUAUGGAGGCGUGUCGCGGACUGCAGUAAGGUAGGGAGAUAAAAACUAGUAACAAAACUUCACCUUACCUCCAUAAUCAUUUUUGCAUCCCUGUUUCUUCUUCCAGCAACAAGACCUUCUAACUACAAUGUUCAACGCCACCUUCAGUUCAGGCUUCAACCACACCAACAGCUCUACCAACCUCAGGACUUCUGGUGGACGUUUACUGUGGUACCUCUACCCAGAAUGUGCUUCGGCCCCUUACUGCUUUGCUUUCUACUACGGGGCCAAGGUGUUCAACUUAUUCCUUGGAACCCCUUGUAACAUCCUGGUCAUCUGGCAGAUAGCAACCAAGAAAACUAACUCUUCCACAUCGGACAUCUUCUUCUUCAACCUGGCUCUAAUAGAUGCCUUCUUCUGCUUAAUGACACCAAUAGACCUCCUCAACAGGAUGGUGUACGACAACAAGUUCAUCUGGUACAUUCAGAGACUAGCUUAUGGCCUCAAGGACCUAUCACCAUUCUUUCUUGUGUGUAUCUGCCUAGAUCGCUACAUGGCCGUGGUCCACCCCGUGCUUUACUCUGGUUACAGAGACAAAAACGCCAGAGUUGUCGUUUGUGUAGUGGUCUGGGUUCUCAUGCUGCCAUACAGCAUCACCAAGUCCAUCUUGGGAAUCUUGAGUGUGACCGACAUCUUCAGCGGAGUUAUCCUCUUUGCAUUUGCAGUUAUGGUGUUUUGCAACAUCUCUGUCGUCUGGGUUCUCCGUCGCUCAGUGGCGGGAAAGGAGGUGAUGCACCCAGUGAAGAAGAAAGCCUUCAAGAUGGUGAUGAAGAACCUAGCCAUCAUCGUGGUCAAUUACCUGCCACCUGUAGCCAUCAUGCCAUUCUUGUCAUAUUUCACGGUUGUUGAUUACCUGUGUUUUAUCAGCAUCAGUGUGUUUGGCAUCAUGGAUCUGAGCUGCAGCAUUGAGCCCCUCCUCUACAUCACAAAGAUGGAGAAAGUGGACGCCAUUUGCUGCAGGCAGAGCAUUUCUGAAAACCCACCUGAGGCUAACGGAUAAUCAUUCAAUACUCAACACUGAAACAUCAAAAUUGACUAAUUUAUGUAGAGAAAA